UUAAAAAUAUAUUAUCUCCCCCAGGCCCCAAAUAGACAAAAGUCCAAGCAGGAGCACACGGUAAACGUUUCCCAACGUCACUGUUUAUAUCCAUCCAUAAAUUCAGCUGAAACAACAGAGCUACCUAGCUCCUGUGUUACUUACAUUGUAUCUGUAUCUAUUCUUCUAUCUCUCUCAAUGUAUAUUUGUAUCAUCAUUUCUCAUUUCAACAGUUUCCAACUCUCCAUUCCCAUCAAAAACCUUUACAACGCCUCCCACUAUUUUUAGCAACACACCUCCAAAACUCCUCCCCUCAUCAAGCAUCAUACAAUUGUUGUAUCCGUUUCCUCUUCCACACGGAAGCAAACCAAGCUGCCAACUCAAACAUAGUCAACAAAAACAACAAUAAUAAAAUGGUGUCUUCUUCUUCUGACUACAACACUCCUCAGUUCCAAUCCUCCCCCUCUCUCAUGGCCAACAGACAUUUUUCUCGUAUGACCACUAAAUCUUUCUCGGACUUCUUUGUCUAUGUCGGCUGCUCUCUUGUAGCUCUGUUGCUCGUUUGGGCUCUCUGGUCAUUCUCUACCCCCACCCCUGAUCCCAACACCUUCCCCCCAACUUUCAUCAAACCUGUAGAAAACGAGCCGGUUAAGUCACAGGGGAUCGACUUAAAUCACGACUCGUUUAUCCCAAGUUUUUACGAUGACCCAACUCUGAUGUACACAGUCGGGUCACCGCUUAAAAACUGGGAUGAGAAAAGAAGUAUAUGGCUGAGCCACCACCCUUCCUUUGCCGCGGGGGCGAAGGAAAGAAUUAUGUUAAUUUCGGGCUCACAAUCCACCCCGUGCAAAAAUCCCAUGGGUGAUCAUUUACUUCUAAGGUUUUUCAAAAAUAAGGUAGAUUAUUGUCGUAUCCACGGAUACGACAUUUUCUACAACAAUAUUCUACUCCAGCCUAAAAUGUUCACAUUUUGGGCCAAGAUUCCGGCGGUCAGGGCCGCCAUGGUGGCCCAUCCGGAAGCCGAGUGGAUCUGGUGGGUCGACUCAGAUGCCGCCAUCACUGACAUGGAUUUUAAACUGCCGCUGAACCGUUACAAAGACCAUAACCUUGUAGUCCAUGGCUGGCCUAAGUUGAUCUACGAGAAAAAAAGCUGGACUAGCUUAAACGCCGGCGUUUUCCUCAUUAGGAAUUGUCAGUGGUCGCUGGAUUUCAUGGAGGUUUGGGCAAGUAUGGGCCCACAAAACCCGAAUUAUGAAAAAUGGGGUGCCACUUUGAGGACAACGUUCAAAGACAAGAUUUUCCCCGAGUCGGAUGAUCAAUCGGGUCUGGUUUAUUUACUUCUCCAUGAGAAAGAUACUUGGGGCAAAAAAAUCUAUGUGGAAGGUGAAUAUUAUUUUGAGGGCUAUUGGCUAGAAAUCGUUGAGAAUCUGGAAAAUGUGACAAGGAAGUAUAAUGAUAUCGAGAAGGGGGCGCGGAGCCUAAGGCGUAGACAUGCUGAGAAAGUGAGUGAGCGUUACGGUGAGAUGUGGGAAGAUCAUCUGAAAGAUGCCGGUAACGGGAGAGAGGGAUGGAGACGGCCGUUUAUCACGCAUUUCACGGGGUGUCAACCGUGCAGCGGGGACCACAAUAUGAUGUAUUCACGGCAAACAUGUUGGGGUGCUAUGGAAAUGGCUCUAAACUUUGCUGAUAAUCAAGUGCUUCGUAAUUUCGGGUUUGUGCACAACAGCUUAUCGGAUUCGUCCAAAGUUUCUCCGCUGCCGUUCGAUUACCCUGCCUCAGAAAUCAUGUGAUGAUCCAGAGGUGCCCUUGUUUGGUCAGGUUCAUCCACUCCCAAGUAUAUUACUGCAAUAUGGGAACUUAUCAGAUAGUAGCGAUCCCUGGUGUAUCCGAAGCUAUGGCUUGAAGUUCCAUAUACAUAAAUGAUGUAUCUAUCUAUAUCAGAAACUUGCUGAAAGGGGCGAAAAAGAGGCUUGCAUCCCUAGCAUAAUAUGACUAUGUUUUGAUGUCCUACCUGUGUUUUAUGUGUAUAAGAGAAUUAUGCUGAUUUAUAAAAGUAGAUUUUGUUUAAUUAA